CCUGUAGUCUAUAAUGACAUCUUUACUUGCUUUGAUAGUUUUCCUUGACGAACGUCAACUAGGUUUUUACUGAAGCUGAUGGAUCACAGGAGAGGACAGGGGGUCGCGUUACGAAACUGGCAUAGUAGACCCUGCUUUCCUGUGAGCGAUUCACUUCCACGAGUAGCCAGGACCACGAGAACUAAAAAAACUUCAAUCCAGUGUCUGGCUACCCGUGAUUUUCUGCCGUGGACACAGCGUUUUAAGUUUUAUCGUUCGAAUAAAGAUUCGGGAUUGACAAUUAAAACGUUGAAUUGAUCCAAAACGGCAGAUAAUCAUUGAAAAGUGGCAAUAAUGGAGAGUAUGCGCCUUCUUUUGCGUAAUUUAAUCACAAAACGUGAUCCACGAACCAAAGAUAUGCCGUUGUUAGUCAACCCGUUAUUCGUGUUUUGUGCUCUUGGAGGCUAUCUCUAUGUGGUUCGCAACGGCGAACGCUGGAUGAAAAACUAUCAGCCGUUUGAGCUGAAGAACGUUAUUCGAACGUACAAUGUUUUCAUGAUGCUCGCUAACAUUUCGUUCCUUUACGUCGGCCUGAGCAUGAGCUACUUCGGUGGCGGAUACUCUUUCUGGUGCCAAGGAAUUACUGGCAGGAACGAUGAAAACUUCCUGUGGGCCAUUAGUGUGGGUUGGUGGUAUUUGCUCGUGCGUUACCUUGAUUUUCUGGACACGUUCUUCUUCAUUCUGCGAAAGAAAUUCACGCAUGUCUCGCGACUGCAUGUCAUCCACCAUACGAUCGUCGCAUUCAACGGCUCAUUUUGGUAUCUCUACGCGCCGGAGGGCCAGCCGGCUGCGGGUCUUUUCGUCAAUGCCUUCAUCCACGUGCUCAUGUAUGGCUAUUACUUCCUAGCGACGUUCCCGGCGAUGAGGCCUUACCUCUGGUGGAAAAAGCAUCUCACGAUGCUCCAGAUUGGCCAGUUCAUCUUCUUUAUAGCACACAUGUCGAUUCCACUGUUCUACGACUGCGAAUUCCCGCACUACCUGGUUCACUUUGCCAUUGCUCAAACCAUUCUCAUUCUGAGCUUAUUCAUUAACUUCUACAUAAAAGCUUAUGUCACGCAGGAGCAGAACAAUAAGCGGCAUCCACGAGUCAAGCUUGAUGUUAAUGGCAACGUGUACGAAUUAGAUAAUCAAGUCUGCUCCGAAAAGAUGGAGUAGAGUCGAAGAAGGAGAUCCUAUUUAAGAUGAAUCGUAUAUGUAGAUAGGCAGACGACGAAAGAUACCCCCUGUUGGCAAGUUUCUUGAGAGCUACAUCUGGCAUUCAGACACGUUCCAGGACGUGCUUACAGCUUUAGUGACGAAAGGCCAAAUAAUAAAGCAACAUGUUUUGCGUCGUAGUACAUUGCAAAAAGCUAAGGCUUCAACAGUGCAGUGGAGCCCUGAUCAUGGCAAUAACAAGUGUAUGUCAUUUUGUACGUUUGUAGCACAAGAGAACGGAACGGAAAAGGCCAAACAAGACGUUAGGCGCCGUUUGUCGACUAGAAUGAAGUACGACCAAUGGUGUAUCGUAUGCGCAAAGAGAGCUAACUAUUUCCGAACUGUUUAUAUCUCUUGAUCUAGAAGUAGAUCCAAGAAGGGAAGGUACGAGCGGACGGCGCAAAAUUUGACGUGCGACUUACGAGUGGCAAUUGCUUGAGCUGCAGAGCGCUAGAAGAUAUAACAAAUUAUAUGAAAAUGGUAUAUAUUGGAAUUGGCUAUAUUGUUUUUAUAAUAAAGGACUAUAGUAAUUA